AUGGACCAUCUUCUGAUCCCAACCAUAGACAACUUGGACCUCGACCCCUUCCAUGGUAGCUUAGCAAUCCAGAUGAAAAAAAUGGAAAUUCCUGGACUUGCACCUUUCCUCUGGAACAUAACACUGGAUCAAUAUACCUUGUGCAAUUUUAUUUUCAACUAUAAGGUUAUCAUAUAUGAAUGCAAACUAUUUGAUGGCUAUUUGCUCCCUCACACAUGCAAACACAACAAGAAGAAGAAGGCAAUGUUGUUGGGUUCAGAAGCCCUGGCGGACAGUUAUCAAGUAUAUAAUGCCAUAUAUGCCUUGGCUCAUGGCCUUCAGAUGUUUAUGGCAUCUAAGUACUGGAAAGAAUUGGACAGAGAAGAAGCGGCUGUAUUUUACCAACUACCAUGGAAGCUUCAUCAGUUUCUAAAGAGAGUGCACUUUACAAACACCGCUGGAGAUGAUGUACACUUUGAUGAACAUGGAGAUGCAGCUCCUAAGUAUGAUCUGAUUAAUUGGGUAACUAACUGGAAGAAGAAACUUAUCAGUGUCAAGGUUGGAAACAUUACAUCUAGUAGUGGAGAUCUGUCCAUUAAUGCAUCUCCUAUUGUAUGGGCUGUUCAUGUCAGUCAGAAGCCACCACGUUCAGUCUGCAGUGAGAGCUGUCCACCAGGGUCCAGGAAAAUUAUGCUGCAAGAAAAGCCAGUCUGCUGCUAUGACUGUGUCCCUUGUCCAAGAGGAGAAGUUACCAAUCAAGCUGACAUGAUCAGCUGUUGGAAAUGUCCAUAUGACCAAUGGCCAAAUACGAAGAACAAUAAAUGCACUGAAAAACAAAUGGCCUAUCUGUCCUACAAAGAACUGUUGGGUAUGACCCUUGCUUGCAGUGCUGUUCUGCUUUCUCUAGUUUCUCUGGUAACCCUUGCUGUCUUCACCUAUUAUCAGAACUCUUCGGUCAUCAAGGCCACCAACAAAAACCUAAGUUUGCUUCUUCUAUUGUCUCUCACCUUUACAUUUUGCAGCUGUCUGGUCUUCAUUGGAUAUCCAAGAAACAUAACUUGUUUACUACGUCAAACAAUUUUUGGAAUGUCUUUUACAGUCUCUGUGUCCUCCUUGUUGGCAAAAACUAUACUUGUGAUUGUGGCUUUUCGGGCAACCAAACCGGGAAGCCGGCUGAGAAGAUUCAUGGGGCAGAAGCUUCCAUGUUCCAUUGUUGGUUUGUGCUCCUCUCUUCAGGCUGUUAUCUGUGCCUUGUGGUUGGGAACAUGUCCUCCUACCCCAUUUUUUGAUCUCAACUCUCAGCCAGGUCAGAUAGUGAUUGUAUGUGAAGAACACCUUGGAUUCUAUGUCAUGCUGGCCUACAUUGGUUGUCUUGCGUUGGGAUGUUCUGUCAUAGCUUUUCCGGCUAGAAAGCUACCUGACAGAUACAAUGAAGCAAAAUUCAUUACAUUCAGCAUGUUAGUCUUCUUUAGUGCCUGGAUUACCUUCAUACCAGCGUACCUGAGCACCAAAGGGAAGUACACAGUAGCUGUAGAAGUUUUUGCCAUUCUGGUAUCUGCAGCUGGAGUUUUGUUCUGUAUUUUCUUUCCCAAAUGUUACAUACUCUUUUGUACACCAGAGAAGACAAAGAUGGCAGCAAUAAAAUGUCACAGGCUAUCAACACAGUGCUCUAUAAAAAGGUUAGUUUAG